AUUCGUUUACUCAUCUCAAAGAGACACAGAGAAAGAGAGAAAGAGAGAGAGAGAAGAUCUCAAUCAAUAUAUAUGAUCUAGACUGUUUCAGUAUCUGGGCAUGUCAUGUUCGUCAUCGAUUUUUGUAGCCAUUUGGUGUUGCUAUGAUCAAGAAUUUCCUAUUUUUCAUCGGCCUAGUUUAAUUGGAGGAGUUGCAGAAAAGUGUAUAAUUCCGACCAAUAAUUAACAUAUUACGACACAGAGGCAAGUGUUUUCUGUCUUGUUUCAAACUGUGAUCUUAAAUAAUCCAGUGUGUGGAAGGUAAUAAUGAGGAUGGAAGAAGAGAGACACGUCUCAGAAUGUUCCAAGACAAGUCCUUCCAACGAAGAAGGGUUUGAAGAAAGUGAAGAGGAGAAUGAAGGUGAGAGUAAGCAGAACAACAAUGGAGGAAGCUCAAGCAACAGCACUGUGGAAGAGAACGAGAAGAAAUCAACAGUGAGACCUUAUGUUAGAUCCAAAUUGCCUCGGCUACGUUGGACACCUGAUCUUCAUCUUCGCUUUGUUCAUGCUGUUCAAAGACUUGGAGGACAAGAGAGAGCAACCCCAAAGUUGGUUCUUCAGUUGAUGAAUAUCAAAGGAUUAAGUAUUGCUCAUGUCAAGAGUCAUUUACAGAUGUACAGGAGCAAGAAGGUGGAGACAAAUCAAGUAUUGGGUGAUCCUAGGCUCCUUGUAGAAACUGGAGACAGAAACGUUUACAAUCUCAGCCAAAUUCCCAUGCUUCAAGGCUACAAUAUUCCAAGCCAAACAAGAUAUGGAUAUGGGGAUGCUUCUCUUGCUAUCUAUGAAAACAUGGUGAAAACCUGCAUGAAUAGGAGUUCAGCAGAUGAAUCUGGACCAGAAUUUUGUGGCACCAGAUUCACUGAGAGAACUCAUGGAACCAAUAGUAACAUCAAUUGGAGUCAUAAUCUGCCACAAGUUGAUUGUUCAAGUUUUAACGAACACGAACCAAAACAUAAGUUCUUGUUUGGUGGCAAUGAAUCCUUAUGCAGACCACAUCAAAUGCAGCCAAGUGCACAAGAACUCAUGCCAAACAAUGACAUGGCUUCAAAUCUGGUGGAACUAAAGAGCUUAAAAAGGAAGGUUUCAGAUACUGACAUUGAUUUGAAUCUGUCACUUAAAUUAAGUUCAAGGGUUGAGAAGCAUGGAAGCAUGGUGGAGCAUGAAGUUGAUAGCAACCUAUCACUGUCUUUGUGUUCUCAAUCCUCUUCCUCUUGGUUGAGAAAAUCAUCACAAGAUCAUUCUAAGGAGCAAGGGGAAAGAACCAGAACAUUGGAUCUCACUAUAUGAAUGAGACAAAACUCUAAGUGAGAUUCUAAGGUACCUGUCAGAAAUUAUGCAUAUUGUAACCAAUUAUUACAUAUUUUAUCUGACACAAAUAACAGUUUGUCUAAUAAACAGUGGUGCUGAGAAUCAUCAUCAUCUCAAAACCAGUGUUGGUUCUACACUUGUUUAGUCAUAGAAAUGCUAAAAGAUGGAGAAAGUUUCAGUACAACUAAAUCAUUCAAGAAAAACAAAGUUGUUUCUGUGCACCUCAUAGAUCAAUAAUGUGUAAGAGAUGUUUAUGUUUU